AUGAAGGUUGAAGGUUUGGUUGACACGAGCGCCAGGACUGGGUCCGGGGCUGGAAGAGACGUUAACUUCAGCAGCGGCACCGGUCCCAGUGGUGAGUGCUGUAUCUCGCGGCUGCUCAGCGUCGUGGAGAACGAACUGCAGGCGGGGCGCGAGAAGGGUGAUCCUACCGAGAAACAACUCAAGGUGACUCUCGAAGAAUCGGAGCUUUGGCGGAAGUUUAAGGAAGUGACAAACGAGAUGAUCGUCACCAAAAGCGGCAGGAGGAUGUUCCCAGUGUUGAAGGUCAGUGUGUCAGGAUUGGACCCUAACGCCAUGUACUCCUUCCUGCUGGACUUCAUACCUGCCGACACGCACCGGUGGAAGUACGUUAACGGAGAGUGGGUCACCGCCGGUAAACCAGAGUCUCACGGAAACGGCUGCGUGUACAUCCAUCCAGACUCGCCCAACUUCGGCGCCCACUGGAUGAAAGCCCCCGUCUCCUUCAGCAAAGUCAAACUCACCAAUAAGCUAAACGGAGGAGGACAGAUAAUGCUGAACUCUCUCCACAAGUACAAGCCUCAGCUUCAUAUUGUGAGGGUUGGUGGCAGCCACAGGAUGGUCACCAACAUAUCCUUCAGUGAAACCCAGUUCAUAGCUGUCACCGCCUACCAAAACGAAGAGAUCACCGCCCUGAAGAUCAAGUACAAUCCCUUCGCCAAGGCUUUUCUGGAUGCCAAAGAGAGGAAUCACCCCAAGAGCUUGUUUGAUUCUGCGUCUGAGAGUGACAUGGGGAUCCAACACUGUGGUUGGUUCCUGCCUAACCCAGAGUCGCUGUGUCCACCAGGGGGCGCCAGUUUCCCUUACAGCAGGGGUCUGCCAUUGGGCUCUCAUCAUGGAUACAAACACUACCCUUCCCGCCCAGCCCCCUACCCCCCCUCCUACCUGCCCCACCGCACACACUCCUCAGUGGCUCUCUCCGAGGGCCUGCAGAUGUUACCAGGUCCUGAGGGCUGGUCUAGUGUCUCUCCCCCCCACACCUCUUCCUCAGCCUUGCCUGGAAACCCUGCCACCUCCCCCUCGUCCACCAGCUACACCAGCACUGUGGGAGACUUGGCGGUGUGUCUGGCUCAGGUCAAGUUUGGCUCCAGCACCACGGACAGCUCCACCACCACGGACAGCUCCACCUGUGACGACAGCUCCACCUGUGACAACAGCUCCACCUGUGACGACAGCUCCAUCUGUGACGACGGCUCCACCUGUGACGACAGCUCCACCUUUGACGACAGCUCCACCUGUGACGACGGCUCCACCUGUGACGACGGCUCCACCUUUGAAGACAGCUCCACCUGUGACGACGGCUCCACCUGUGACGACAGCUCCACCUGUGACGACAGCUCCACCUGUGAUGACAGCUCCACCUGUGACGACGGCACUGUGCUGGUGAAGCACAGGAACUUGCACAACCUGAUAGCUCACCAGCACACGCAGUAA